AGUGAUUGACAACAUUGCAUCACAUAUUUGAGAUUCUUGGUGAAGUGGAAUAGAAUGGCAACCUGCAAAACAACUCACAGGAAUGACUGUUGGAUAACAAGAUCAGCAAGAGAAGGCGACCCUGAAGACAAGGUAAACAACUCUCCUAAUUUUCUUAGAGCUAGUAAAUAAAUCGCUAAUCGUGUCGAGAAUCGAGACUCGCAACGGACUGUCCAAGUUCAAGUUCAAGUUCAUUUAUUCACACUUAUUCAAUUACAAUACAACAACAAUAAGAAAAAAAAGAAGAAGUAAAAACAGAGCUAACUAUACAUUGAAUUAAACAUAACAAAGGAAAAAAGUGUGUAGCAGCCAAAGGAGCCAAGCUUUCGAGUUGGCUACAAUGUACUACCACAGAGCAGUUACAAGUGGGUGGAGGUUAUACAGUACUUAUAAAAAACUAUUUGAAUUAAACAAUUAAAUAAAUAGAGCUAAAUAACAGAUUAGAGUUGUUCAAGAUGCCUGACUGUCAAGUACACUGUAGAAAGAGUUUAUAUUCUUUUUUAAAACUGUUCGAGGGGAGACACUUAAUUUUCAUAGGUGUUGCUUCCCAGGUCUGUGAUGCCACUACAAGAAACCUUGCUAGGCCAUAAUUAGUUCUGGAAAAUGGUCUGCACGGGUUUUGAUUAGUGCCAUACCUACCAUUAGUAUUACAAUUAUGGACAGCUGAAGCCGGUUGAACUAAGUCAUAGAGGGCAGGAGGUGUAUCCUUUUUUUGAUAUUGCAUUUUAUGCACAAGAACGCCAAUUUUUUAUUUAAAGAUAUUCUCUAACUUUAAGAUCUCUAUUAGUGUAAAGUACGGUGUGGGACUUUCUCUUUUGUUUGCAAAGAAGAUGCACGAAUACAUGAGUUAUUUUGACUUACUUUGAUUUUAUUUAACUUAGUUUGAUAAAUGGUACCCCAGCUCAUUAAUCCAUACAUUAGAUACGGAUAUAUGAGAGUAUAGUACAGUUGUUUGAGUGUACUUAUAGGCACAUAAUGUCUAAGCUUAAAUAAAAUUCCAAUGUUUUUUGUUAUUUUGUUGUUAAUGUGCUGGAGCUGAGCAUCCCAUUUUAGAUGUUCAUCAAUAAAGACACCCAAAUAUUUAAUCUGGGACUUUUGCUCUAUAUUACAAGCUGUUAUUCUGAUAUUUGUUUUCUUCUUAGGUGAAGUAAUUAUCAUGUAAUUAGUGUUCUUGAAGUUAAUGGACAGCAUAUUUGCUGCACAGAAUUUUAAGACCUUUCCUAGUUCUUCAUUGAUAACUGAUUGUAAUUGUUCUGGGUCUUUUGAAGAAUAAAACAUAUUUGUAUCAUCUGCAAAAAUCCUAAAAGUUAAUUUCUUCGAGGACCUGGGCAAAUCGUUAAUAUACAACAGAAACAGCAGUGGACCUAGUGUGGAACCUUGAUGUACGCCGCAUUUGAUAGUUUUCAGGCUAGAUUCUGUUUUACCAACUUUGACAUGUUGCUUACGAUUAGUUAUAUAGCUUGAAAACCAUGCACGGGGGAGUCCUUGGAUCCCAUACUUAUGUAAUUUUUCUAAGAGAAUAUGGUGGUUAGUUGUAUCAAAGGCCCUGGAAAAGUCUAAAAAGAUACCACGUUUUCCCUAUUCCCUAUUGUUGAAACGGUGAACAGUGAAAACAAUGAAAUCAUUCCGUGUUAAAUAGGAAAACUGACUGCUGCACUCGAUAGAAGCCCAGCGUAAUGCGAACAUCAGUCCCCGUUUAUUCAUACAAACACAAACACUUAGGUAAUGCAAAGGCAGUGAAGUAGAAAAAUGUAACAAGUUCCAAGUAAAGUUCUUUGAUCAAUAAUAAAGAUGAUAUCGUGUCUGCUGCCCGUCAGGAAAAACCCCCUUCACUAAGGAGGAAACCUGAACCCUCCCGAAAGCAGAGCCAGACACUUAACAUGAACCUCGAGGGAGAGAGGUUGAACUAGAAUACAGAAUUAUGAGUACAUAAUCCACCAACGGAAAUAAAUUCAAAUGACGCAAAAAGAAAAAAGCAUUGACAAACGAAACUCAGGCAGCGAUGUCAGCUUAGAAUGAUCACCUCAGUAAAAUCCCGCCCCUUUAUACAUGAGUCUCCGUGACAGCUGUCAAUAAGCUGGAACCGUGAAAACAAUAAUUUGCUGCUAUUCUUAGAACCGCAGCAAAUAACAAAUUUUAUUUUUUGAUCAUCAACUGCUGACUUUAAUUUUUCCACAGUUUCUAGAAUGGCAUAUUCAGUGGAAUAUCCCUUUCGAAAGCCAAAUUGGAAGUUAAAAAGUAGACAUUCUUUUUCCAGAUAGGACACAAGUUGGUCAUAUACUAGUCUUUCCAGUGCUUUACUAAAGGGAGAAAUAACUGCUAUUGGCCUGUAAUUUCCUAACUCAGAUAGACUACCACUUUUAAAUAUUGGGGUUACUUUUGAUAUCUUAAAGAUUUCAGGAAACUCCCCUGAUAAUAUUGAUUCAUUAUAUAUUUCAGUAAAGGGUGCAGAGAGCUGUUGAGUUUCAAGUUUAAUGAGCUUGUUAGGAACAAUAAGGGAUGCUUUGUUUCCUUUUAGCCCAGCAAAUAAUGUAAUUACUUGCGUUUGGGUUACUGGAGCAGGUUAAAAACUGUUUGAUGGCGUAGAUUCUAUAAUUAUAUUGCAAAGGGUCUGUAUGAUCAGUUUUGAUUUCCUUUGCUAAAGUUGGCCCAAUGUUUACAAAGAAGUUAUUGAAUAAAUCGGCAAUGUCCUUUUCUUGUGUAAAAGUCCUGUUAUUGUGAGUGAUUCUCGUGGGGAAAGUUUGACCUUUGGUUUUCCUUUUAACAAGAGUACCAAUAAGUUUCCAAGUUUGCUUAAGGUUGUCUUUGUACUUUACAAAUUGCAUGUUAUAGUAUUCUGUCUUACUUUUAUUCUCAAGAUGUGAAAGAAUAGCUGCAUAAUGUUUAUAAGAAAUGCGUACGGUACAUUUUCUGUUUCCUUUUUACCGAUUUUAGGAUACCUUUAGUGAGCCAUGGCUUAUUAAGUUGCCUUUGCUUGCUUUGGCUAGCCAGGUUGAUAGGCGCAUGUUUGUCUACAAUUUUAUUCAGGGUAUUGAUUGCCUCCUGUACCUUUUCAUUUAGAUUCUUUUCUGGGUUGAGGAUUUCGUGCCAAUCAAUCAGUUUUAUAUCAUCUAAGUAUAGAUCUUUAUUAAAUUUAGAGUGAUCUCGAAAAUAUUUUUUGUUACUAUUAUUCCGUGUAGGCUGGGUUCUGACUAAGCAGAAAAUCGGAAGAUGAUAUGUUAUAUCAACUAUCUGGAUUCCUGCUGUGAAAUUUUGUAAACAAUUUGUAUAUAUAUGGUCAAUGAGUGUUGCUGUGUGAUCAGUAAGCCUCGUAGGUUUAGUAAUGAUCGGUAAGAUGUUUAUUGUGAUUAAAGCAUAUCUAAAAACUCUUCAGUUUGAGUAUGUUCAUUGAAUUUCAGGAAAUUUAUAUUCAUAUCUCCAAAGAUGUAAAUUUCGUGUCUAUUGGGAUUAAUUGUUUUGAUUAUAUCAAUUAGUUGGUGGCGAAACUGUUCUAACAUUACAAGUGGGAUGCUUGUAGAUACAACCUAUUAUGAUCUUCUUUUUACCUUAACCAGCAUCAAUUUCUGCCCAGCAGGAUUCAACUAGCGCUACGUCAAAUUUAAUGUCAGGCCUAGGUACAGCUUUAAGGGCCUGUUUACAUGGAGGUGGGGGACCCCGGUCUAGUGGGGUUGGUUUCUUUUGUUUUUACGCUCUGGGGGACACAAAACAAAAGAAACCUACCCCACUAGACCGGGGUCCCCCACUCCAGGUAAACAAGGUCUAAGAUUUUUAGCUAUAUAUAAAGCAGCUCCACCUGCGUUUGUUGGCGAGUUCGUGUGAAAAAAAUUCUAGCCUUUGAUAUUUACAUUACAAAUACACUUCUCACCUAAUUUAGUUUCUGUAAUUCCAAGUAUAUCCAGCCUGGAGUCAAGGGAGCAUAAUAGUUCUUCUAAUAGAUUUAGGUUUUUCGAUAACCUUCUAAUAUUGCAGUGAAGAAUUGAAAAAGAUUUUGCAUCUGAAUUUACUAGCAUUUUAUUAAAGCUACGGACUGAAUAAUAUUCUGAACAGGGGUAUUUAACAUUAAAUCUGGGUCGCACUCGUCCAAUUUAUUUGGAUUUGGGAGGAGAUCGUAAAGGUCAAGAUCAUGACGCCUAUCCGGCCAGCUGCCAACCAUAGCAUGAAAUUCUCUAUCAGUUAAAUCAUAAAAUGGUAAACAACUACUUACGUUUUCCUGGUAAUCAGCCAUUUUUGCUUCCGUAAUAAUAUAAGUUUAUAAAAGUCAUUAAACUGAUAGCUAAUUAAUUGAGCUUGUCAAGAAACUUUUCGAAUUCCCCAUGGGUUACGAAACAUUUCGUAGUGGAGCUCUCCGUUUUCUUGCGCAAGCGAGACUAAUGAUUUCUCUUGUUUUAAGGAAGUAUUUUCUCUUUUCAGCAACAAACUGCAGAAUGGGUGAAAGCUUUCCGUGACACCAACAUCCCCUGUUCGAAUGACUUCUCGGUGACCGGAGACUUUGGGAGACCCUGUGAAGAUAAGGGACUGGAACAAGCUGGGCUACCAACUGACAGUUUCUCUAUUCAGAAUGGCAUCAUUAUCAGGUAAUUAUUAAAACCUGAAUCAUUGGAUAAUGCAAUUCAAGAGCUCUGAUUGGCUUAGCCAUUAUGGUAUAUGAGCCAUUAUACCAUGCUCUCCAAAAAUGGUAACCGUACGCGUUUGCUGAAAAUUAAAAACAAACUGAUAAUCGGUUGUUUUACAAAUAAAGUUGGGAAGAAUUAUCGAUGUUUUGUGGGCGUUUUUAAUAAAGCAAUUAUUCCAGUCACGCUUUUUUGGGUAUAAAAUGAUUACAGCCAACGCGCACUCGUGGAAUAGUUGUUAAUUAGAGGUGUCAGGUCAGAGCGAAUCGCCUGUAUAUAGGUUUCGUCCUUACUGUUUUAAUGUGCGCUGGUGCAUGUUUUUGCGUUACAGGACGCCCAGUUUGCCCCUCUGAGCCACCUCACGGGAGAAUGCAACUACAGAGGCCGUGUAACGUGAUGGACGAACCCUGUUGACAAUCCAGGAUAAGUUCUACUGCGCGGCCAUCAUAGACAAUAAAGACUACAAGUUUUCGCCAAGAGGUAGCUACUUUGCUCCUAAAGAAGGCG